AUGUCAACCUCUGUCUCUGUCUCUGUCUCUCUCUCUCUCUCUCUCUCACUCUCGGUUUGUUUUGACUAUGUCUCUCUAGUUUUAUAUAUACCUUUCUUUUCCCUCUUUCUACUUCCUUGUCUUUCUCUCUCUUUCCCUCUCUUUCUCCCUCUUUCUCCCUCUUUCUUCUCAAGUUGUUUCUUUCUUUUUAUAUAUACCUUUCUUUUCCCUCUUUCUACUUCCUUGUCUUUCUCUCUCUUUCCCUCUCUUUCUCCCUCUUUCUCCCUCUUUCUUCUCAAGUUGUUUCUUUCUGUCACCUUAUAUCAUUUAGCCAUUUUUUUUUUUUUUUCUUCUUCGUCGUCGGUUUCUCUCUAUUUGCGUGUUUCUCUUUCUUUACUUCUGCUAUUCUGUCUGUCUCUCUCUCUCUCUCUCUCUCUCUCUCUUUUCCGGUUUUCUCUCAUAUUGCCAGUGGUUUUCUUGCUAUCUACCCUUUAUAACUCUCACUGUCUCCCUCUCUCUCUCUCUCUCUCUAUCUAUCUAUCUAUCUAUCUCGAUCCACUCACUCUCUUUUCCUCUCUGAUUAUUUUUCUUUCCUUUUUUGUGGUUCAGUUGCUCUCCUUUCUUCAUUCUCUCUCUCUCUCUUACUAUCUCUCUCUCUUACUCUCUCUCUCUCUCUCUCUCUCUCUCUCUCUCUCUUUGUUCGUUUUCUCUCUUUUGUUUGCGAUUCACUCACUCUCUUUUCUUGACCCUAUUUCUGUUUCUUUUUCUCUUUUUUUCUGUGGUUCACGCACUCUCUUUUCCUAUCUAUCUAUCUAUCUAUCUAUCUAUCUAUCUAAUUUUAUUCAUAUCUAUCUAUCUAUCUAUCUAUCUAUCUAUCUAUCUAUCUCAGUCUGUUCAUAUCUAUUUAUCUAUCUAUUUAUCUCAGUCUGUUCAUAUCUCUCUAUCUAUCUAUCUAUCUCGGUCUGUUCAUAUCUAUCUAUCUAUCUAUCUAUCUAUCUAUCUAUCUAUCUAUCUAAUUUUAUCAUAUCUAUAUCUAUCUAUCUAUCUAUCUAUCUAUCUGUUCAUCUAUCUAUCUAUCUAUCUCAGUCUGUUCAUAUUCAUCUAUCUAUCUAUCUCAGUCUGUUCAUAUCUAUCUAUCUAUCUAUCUCUAUCUGUUCAUAUUCAUCCAUCUAUCUAUCUAUCUAUCUAUCUAUCUAUCUAAUCUAUAUUCUAUAUCUAUCUAUCUAUCUAUCUAUCUAUCUAUCUAUCUAUCUCAGUCUGUUCAUAUCUCUCUAUCUAUCUAUCUCAGUCUGUUCAUAUCUAUCUAUCUAUCUCAGUCUGUUCAUAUCUAUUUAUCUAUCUAUUUAUCUCAGUCUGUUCAUAUCUCUCUAUCUCGGUCUGUUCAUAUCUAUCUAUCUAUCUAUCUAUCUAUCUAUCUAUCUAUCUAUCUAUCUAUCUCAGUCUGUUCAAAUCUAUCUAUCUAUCUAUCUAUCUAUCUAUCUAUCUAUCCGUUUUUCUCUCUUUUAUUCAGUUCACUCAUUUUCUUUUCCUCCCUCCCUCCCCCUCUCUCUCUGUGUGUGUGUCUCUCUCUCUUUCCUUCUAUUAUUUUUUUUAUGUUUCCCUGUGAGUCCGUCUCCCUUCCCCCUUCAGUUGCACAUAGUAUUCCAGUCUCACCAGUUUCCCUUAUUAUCCAUCUCUCUCUCUCUCUCUCUCUCUGCCUGUUGCCCAGUUUCUACCCCUCUCUUUUCAUCUAUGCGUUUUUUCUUUUCUCUCUUUACGCCUCCAUUCUCAUUCUCUCCCCUUCAAUUCCACACAUCUGUCUCUUUUCCCGUUGCCCAGUUUUUCUCUCACUCUUUAUCUCUCUCUAUAUAUCUCUUUCUUUAUCUCUCUCUCUCUCAAUCUCUCUCUCUUUUUGCAUCUAUGCAUUUCUCUCUCUAUUUUACUCUGCUUCUCUUGUCCUUUCACCUCCCAAUUCACAUUGUAUUCUUAUCUUUCCAGUUUCACUUUAUAAUCGUCUGUUUCUCUGAUUCGCCUUCUUUGUGUCACUCUCCCCUUUUCCCUCUCUAUCUCUCUCUCUCUCUCUCUCUCUCUCUCUCUCUGCAUGUAUACGUUUUUCUCUCUAUUUUACUCUGCUUCUCUUACCUUCUCACCUUGAGUUUCACAUUCUCCUCUCUCUAUGUUUCGUCUUCUCUCUGUUUUUCUCUCUUUCAUAGUAAUCCUCUCUCUAUCUCUUCCCUCACUCUUUCUAUUUAG